GGAGCCUUCUGUUUUCUUUUGUCAGGAGCGUGGCAUGAUAUAUCACAAAAGUCCCGGACCCCCCAUGCAGCAUCCACCCGUGAACGAUUGAUUUCUUGCAGGAUGGCGACGAUCGCCCUUGCGCCACGAGAGACGCCCUCUGAGGGCAGUCGAGCCCCCCAUAUCCUCUCCAUCGUUGGUGCGUUGACCGGUCUGUCGGCCUUGUUGGUCUUCCUGCGUUGCUACGUGCGGCUGUUCAUUCUGCGAAAGUUCCAUCUGGAGGAUGGGUUUAUGAUUGCAUCUCUAGCCUGCGCAGUUGGUCUCCUGGGCUGCUUCGUCGGUGAAUCGCAUCAUGGCGUUGGCAGCUGGUCCAAGGACAUCAGUCCGGCAGAUUCGGCAAAGCUGGACGAAUUUAUGUUCUACCAUGCCAUCGUAAUCGUGCUGGGCAUCAGUCUGGUGAAAAUCUCGAUCGGGUUCUUCUUGUUACGCUUCACCUCGCAGAACAGGAUCCUGAAGUGGUUCAUCGUUGGCACCUUGGUCUUCCUGGCCUUGUUCACCAUUGCAUGCAUUCUCGCAUUGGUCUUUCAGUGCUGGCCGGUUGAGGCAGCAUGGGAUGUCGAGUUGAAAAAGACAGGGAAGUGCUAUUCAGUCGACGCGUACCUACGCAUCGGCCAAUUCAACAGCGCCAUUAACAUCAUUACCGAUUUUAUCUUCGCCACCCUCCCGGUGUUUAUGUUCGCCCAGAUUCAAGUGAACAAGCGGACUAAGCUGUCGGUGAUGGGUAUUUUGAGCUUGGGAUACUUUGCCUGUGCCGCGGGAAUCGUCAAGACAGUCCUUCAGAGUCGAGUAUUUGGAGACACGGAGUCUUACCGUGAGAGUCAAUACCUAAUUUGGAACUUCGUCGAACUCGCCGUAGGAAUCAUCGCCGCCUCCUUCCCAACGAUCAAACCCCUCGUGAAAUCCUUCAUUGGCAGCACCAUCAGUCUGACCAGCGGCCGCCGCACCAAACGCACCGGCCACGGCUACGGAUACCACAACCAGUCCGGAUACGCGAUGCAUUCGAUGUCACGCAGUCACCCCGACCGAGAAGACCAGAAAUACGCCGUCCACAUCGGAUCCGUGGCCGACCGAACGUCCGGGUCGAGCGAGGAGAACCUCACCGCAAAGCCCAGCGCGCCGUCGUUUCCGCCGCAUAUCAUGCAGACGACGGAGGUGACGGUGCAGAGCGAGGAGGCAGCCGACAUGAACGGGCGAAUGGGACCCAAGUGGACGGUCGACGACCGCAUAUAAACAUCUCUGGGUUUCCUGGGUUACGGACUGUAUGAUAAUUGGACUGGGAUAGAUGGGCUGAAGGCGACGGAGUUCAUGUUGUCACUGAAUUGGUUUCAAAAAAUCUUGU